ACAUCUGUUCGCUAAGAAUAUGCAUGGAGAUCAUUUUGCUCCUCUUAUUAUUAUCUUCAACCUCUUAACUUUCUCAAAGUUUCCACUUAAUGUGUGAUCUCUCUUGAGGACUUCAUCUUCUAUGGGCUUCGACAGUAUGCGAAGAAUUCUUCUUGCUUUUUUAUUCUUUACUCAGUGUCUCCACGACUUUGUUCAAGGAGCACCGCAAGUUCCUUGUUACUUCAUCUUCGGGGACUCACUCGCCGACUGUGGCAAUAAUAACAACCUCAAUACACUAGCCCGACCGAAUUACUAUCCUUAUGGACUGGACUUUCCUAAGGGUCCUACUGGGCGGUUCACCAAUGGACGCACCGUUGCCGAUGUUAUAGGUCUCCUUUGUUCUAAUUAUGUUUUAUAUAAUAUGACGUGCAGCAAUAAUGACUACAUGAAUAACUAUUUCAUGCCUGAAUUCUAUCCAACCAGUAAAGAGUAUACUCCUCAACAGUAUGCGGACGUGCUUGUGAAGCAGUACUCUGAGCAACUCAAGCGUCUAUACUCCUAUGGAGCAAGAAAGGUGGCUAUAUUUGGUGUUGGGCUGAUAGGACAAGUCCCAGAAAUGAAGAAUAGAUUUGGUGCAAACUCUUCGAUGGUGGACGAUGCGGCUCAACUAUUCAGCAACAAGUUGCUACCCCUUGUCAAUGACUUGAACAGACAAUUAACUUGUGCCAAGUUCACUUACAUAGAUACCACCGCGAUCACCAUCACGAGCGCCCCUUUAUUAGCUUUUCUGCAUCCUCGAGAUACCUGCUGCGAGCUGGUGAAAAAUCUGGGCAUCUGCAUUGAAGGUCGCCCACCUUGCCCUCUUCGAGGAUUGUAUGCAUACUUUGAUGGAUUCCAUCCUACGGAAGUGGUGAAUAAAGCCUUUGCGACAAGAGCAUACGACAGGCUUUUACCAUCAGAUGCUUCUCCUUAUGGCAUCAAACAACUCGCGCAGCUCCCAUAAUUAAUUCAAGGCUACAUCAAAUAUUAGUUGUAGAACAUUCCUUUAAUUAAAAGUAAGUCUGUUCCUUCAUACCAGGCAAAAUAAGUCAUCUGGGUCGACAAAAAUCGGCUGGCAUGGUUCACAUUAAUUGUUUUAGCUAUCAAGUGUGGCUCGAUUUGAGCUAUUAAAUUUAUUUGUGUGUAACAAUCAUCUAAUGAAUAUCACGUUUGAAUGUAAU